GUCUACAGAAACAGAAUACAAACUUAGAUAGAAAAACUAAAUUAUAAUAAUCAUGCAACUGUCUUUAUUUUUUAAGAAAUUUGUUGUAACAGAAUUUCAUGAUAUAUUUCAAAACCCUCUUGAGGCCCAGAAAGCAGAAAAGAAGAAUAACAGAAGUAGUGGUGACGCUUUAGAUUUCGAGUCGACCACCUUCAUUGAAGUGAAGCUCUCUCUGAGAAAUCGAGAAACGUAAAGAGAGAGAGAGAGAUUUUAGUGUGGUGCAUCGUUACAAGAAAAAAGAAAAAAAAAACAUAAAAAAACCGGUACACGAGAAAAACACACAGGUUUUUGUUUUUUGUCCCUUUCCGUGCUUAAUGACAGAACUCAACUUCCUCCCAACAAUCUCCGACAACUUCACGACGACAUCAACGUCACCGUCUUUCUCCCCACAUUCUCAUCUCCCCUUCACCAAAAGAAGACAAAGAGCCCACCACCCCGUCUCCGUACGCAUGGACGACCAAUCACGUCCCCAAAACCUUAAAGACAAAAUGGUCGUCAUCUUAGGAGCAACCGGCGCCGGAAAAUCACGCCUCUCCGUCGAUCUCGCCACUCGUUUCCCUUCAGAGAUCAUAAACUCCGACAAAAUCCAAGUCUACAAAGGACUAGAGAUCACCACGAAUCAGAUUACGCUCCCCGACCGUCGCGGCGUCCCCCACCACCUCCUCGGUUACCUCCUCCCCGAACACGGCGAACUAACCGCCGGAGAUUACCGCGUCGCCGCUUCAGACGCCGUUUCCGAUAUAACCUCCCGUAAGAAGCUGCCCAUUAUCGCCGGCGGAUCUAACACAUUCGUCCACGCGCUUCUCGCCGAGCGAUACGAUCCGAAGAUCGACCCGUUCGGGUCAAGCUCAAUCUGUCGGGAGUUACGUUACAACUGCUGUUUCAUAUGGGUAGACGUGUCGGAGACUGUGCUCUUCGAGUAUCUCUUGAAACGGGUCGACGAGAUGAUGGGCUCGGGUAUGUUGGAAGAGCUGUCCGGGUUUUACGACCCGGUGAAAGCGAGUGCGACCCGGUUUGGGAUCCGGAAAGCUAUUGGUGUACCGGAGUUUGACGGUUACUUCAAAAUGUAUCCACCGGGGGAGAAGAAGUGGGAUCCGGUGAGGAGAGCGGCGUACGAUAAGGUGGUGGAGGAGGUCAAAGAGAACACGUUGAGGUUAGCGAGGAGACAGAUAGUGAAGAUUGAGAAGCUGAGGGAUGCUGGUUGGGAUAUUAAGAGGGUUGAUGCAACGGCGUCGUUUAAAGCGGUUAUGAUGGGAAGUAGAAGAAGAGAGUGGAGAGAGAUUUGGAGGGAGCAAGUUUUGGAGCCAAGUGUAAAGAUUGUGAAUCGGCUGUUGGUGGAAGAUUAGGUUAUUUUUCAGCUCAUAUUUUCCGAAUCAUGUAAAGGAGAAAUUUUGUC